UGAGAAGGUGCUCGGGUGCUUUCUUUCCAGUACGUUUGCCUUGGAGAAAUUGUCACUAUUGAGUUGCAAUGAGAUAGCUAUCUUGAAGAUACCUUCUCUUCUGCAGCAACUUAGUUUCCUGGAGGUGUCCCUAUGCAGAAUGGUACAGAUUAUAGACAGUGAUGCUCCAAUGCUCUCCACUUUUAUCUAUGUUGCCCCCCCGAUAAAAAUAUCAUUUGGGGACUCCUCUCUGGUGAAGAAAAUAAAAGUGAAUAGUUCAUUAUAUUCUGGUAUGGUCCAGUUUGCUCGGACAAGGCUUCCCUCCAUUGCUUCCAAUCUCCAAGCUCUUACCCUCUCAUCAUAUGGAGAGGCGUUUAAUACACCAAUGAUACCUGACAAGUUCCUCCAUCUGAAGUACUUGAAUAUUUGUCUUUGUGGACGAGACACUUUCAGAGGCUAUGAUUUCUUUUCUCUGGUUUCUUUUCUAGAAGCUUCUCCUGCCUUGGAAUGUUUCGGCUUAUGUGCAGGUGAACAUACAAAAUUAAGGCGCGAUUCAAUUCUUGGAAUCUCAAGCGGAGAAAUGAGGCAGGUUCCAGGGUUCCGCCAAGACAACCUCAAGGCAGUGUGCAUCACUGGAUUUUGCUCCGCCAAGAGCUUGGUUGAGCUGACAUCUCAAAUUCUGCAGAACACCCCGUCGCUACAAGAUUUGGUUCUCGACACCACCCAUGGUUUUCACAAUGAAUUUGUUGAACUAGGGAAAUGCCAUAUCAUGUGUAAUGAAGCUCUCACCGAAGCUAACAAUGCUGUUGAGGCUUUAAGAAUGUAUGUUGAGGGGAAAGUCCCCUCAAGUGUUCGCUUGAAGGUUUGGGAGCCUUGCAAACGGUGCCAUGCUGGCAAAUCUAGACGUACCUGA